AUGGCGUCCAAUAGUAUCAAACUUUUGUCUGGAAAUUCGCACCCAGAACUGGCCGAGACAAUUGCCAAAACGCUAGGAUUAUCGCUAUCCAAAAUCGGUGUUUACCAGUACUCCAACAAAGAGACAUCAGUUACCAUCGGCGAGAGCAUUCGCGAUGAAGACGUAUACAUUAUUCAAACGGGCAGUGGUCAGCAAGAAAUUAACGAUUUUCUGAUGGAAUUAUUGAUUUUGAUCCAUGCCUGCAAGACAGCUUCUGCCAGAAGAAUUACAGCUGUCAUUCCAAACUUCCCCUACGCACGUCAGGACAAGAAAGACAAAAGCCGGGCCCCAAUAACUGCAAAGCUGAUUGCGAAUUUGCUGGAAACGGCCGGCUGUGACCACGUUAUAACCAUGGACCUUCACGCCUCGCAAAUCCAAGGUUUUUUCCACAUACCUGUCGACAAUCUUUACGCCGAACCAAGCGUGCUCAACUACAUUAGAACAAAAACUGACAUCCAAAAUGCCAUUUUAGUCUCUCCCGACGCUGGUGGUGCCAAAAGAGUAGCUUCCAUCGCCGACAAGUUGGAUUUGAAUUUCGCACUGAUACACAAGGAAAGACAAAAGGCCAACGAAGUCUCUAGAAUGGUUCUGGUAGGCGACGUGAGAGGCAAAUCCUGCCUUUUGGUGGACGACAUGGCCGACACGUGUGGUACUCUAGUGAAAGCCUGUGACACACUCUUCGAAAACGGAGCAAAAGAAGUUAUUGCAGUUGUUACCCAUGGCAUUUUCUCGGGCUCUGCGAGGGAGAAACUACGGAACAGCAAAAUUUCCAGGAUGGUUUGCACCAAUACACUUCCCGUGGAUUUGCAAUUGGACAUUUUCGAUCAAAUCGAUAUUAGUCCCACCUUGGCUGAGGCCAUCCGUAGGCUGCACAACGGUGAGAGUGUUUCCUAUCUUUUCACGCAUGCCCCCGCCUAG